CUGCUCAUACUCAUAGCAUCAAGUUAUCUGGUUUUUUCCCCCCAAUUUGGUGAACUUCCCAUAUUUUUACAGAGAGGAUUGAAGAAUAUUAAAGAUGGUGAGAGGGAAGAUGGAGAUGAAGCGUAUAGAGAACGCGACGAACAGGCAGGUGACAUUCUCAAAGAGGCGAAAUGGACUGUUAAAGAAGGCCUUUGAGCUCUCAGUUCUGUGUGAUGCUGAGGUUGGUCUCAUCAUCUUCUCCCCCAGAGGCAAGCUGUACGAAUUUUCAAGCUCCAGCUUGCAAGAGACAAUUGAACGGUAUCGUAGUUAUACGAGAGAUGCUCAGACAGCCACCAGAUACAUGGAACAAAACAUGCAGCUUUUAAAGGAAGAAACAGAAAGUAUGAUGGAGAAGGUUCAACUUCUUGAAGUUUCAAAACGGAAAUUCUCGGGAGAAGAGCUAGGCUCAUGCUCGCUUCAAGAACUAGAAGAGAUACAAGUGCAGUUGCAAAAGAGUGUAAGCAACGUUCGAGAAACAAAGGUUCGGACUUUUUUAGAACAAAUGGAGCGACUAAGAGAAAAUGAACGAACUCUUACAGCAGAAAACGCAAGGCUCUGUGAAAAGUAUGGUAUCGAGCUGUAUCAUCAGACAACAACAGAGAAUAAAAGCGAAAAUCCAACCUUCUCAGAAAAUAUUCCAACUUUAGAUGUGGAAACUAACUUGUUCAUUGGACUCCCAGAAUCAAGAACAACAUGCAUUCCUCAUAACACUGCUGAGGUCUAAUUGAUGCAAUCAUGUGCUAUCUUCAGCAAUGUGUGUGUGUGUGUUAAGAUGCUUACUGUGAAGACUCCUAAUGGUGAUUCUGAAAGAAGAUACUACUAUUUGUGGUUUAUAUAUGGAAAUAUAUUUUCUCAUAGAUAUGGGCUACGUGUCUAUAUAAGAAAGAGGAGACG